UCCGACUAUUGUCUAAGUGCCACAUCUUCUUGGUCCUUCCCCAUCGAAUUCCGUAGCCCAUCCGCUAGCGAAAUCGUAACAAACAUCGUGUUUACAUAGCGACGGAACACAGAUAAGAUUGUCUUUUAAAAACGUAAACGUCAGUUCGAAAACCUUCAACGAACUCAAACUGUGUGUGUGCCAUGCUGAUAAGUACUAGAUAAGUGCUAUGUGGUGCGUUGUGGUGCUAUGUGUGUGGGUGGGGGGCGCGGCGGCGCACUACACGCCGACGUGGGCGGUGCACGUGCCGGGGGGGCCCGCCGCCGCCGAUGCUGUAGCCAGGGACCAUGGGUUCGUCAAUCUUGGAGAGAUCUUCGACAACCACUACCACUUCCACCACCACUCGGUGGCCAAGCGGUCGCUGUCACCAUCACACGACCACCACGGCCGUCUCGAGGGGGACGCGAGAGUCCGCUGGGCGAGACAGCAAAAAGCCCUCUCUAGGAAGAAGCGGGACUUUAUUGUGUUCAACACCUCUUCCACAGCCGGGACGUACGUCCCAUCGCCAUCAGCGGCGACGAAGAGGGAAGCAGGAAUCAAGAGGGAGAUACCAGCCAGAGUGAAGGGCCGGCCCAGAGCCGCCGACUCCAAGUUCCAACUCAACGACCCCAAGUGGCCACACAUGUGGUAUCUAAACCGAGGCGGCGGUCUCGACAUGAACGUGAUCCCGGCGUGGCGGGAAGGAAUCACGGGCCGCGGCGUGGUGGUCACCAUCCUCGACGACGGUCUCGAGACCGACCAUCCCGACUUAAUCAACAAUUAUGACCGGAUGGCAUCAUACGACGUGAACUCUCACGACCCGGACCCGCAGCCGCGGUACGAUAUGAUCGACUCGAACCGCCACGGGACGCGGUGCGCGGGUGAAGUGGCCGCCACUGCUAACAACUCGCUAUGCGCGGUUGGUGUCGCUUUCGGCGCUAGCGUUGGAGGUGUGCGGAUGCUAGACGGGGACGUGACGGACGCGGUAGAAGCACGCUCGCUCAGCCUAAACCCACAGCAUGUGGACAUCUACAGCGCGUCCUGGGGCCCUGAUGAUGAUGGGAAGACCGUCGAUGGACCGGGGGAGUUAGCCCACAGGGCCUUCCUUGAGGGGGUUACUAAGGGCCGCAGCGGCAAAGGUUCCAUUUUCGUCUGGGCCUCCGGCAACGGCGGUCGCGAGCACGACAACUGUAACUGCGAUGGCUACACCAACUCCAUUUGGACGCUGUCCAUCUCUUCGGCAACAGAGCGGGGCGAAGUGCCCUGGUACUCUGAAAUGUGCAGCUCUACGCUAGCUGCCACGUAUAGCAGUGGCGCGCUCAAUGAGAAACAAGUGGUGACCACAGACCUGCACCAUUCGUGCACCGCCGGGCACACGGGCACGUCGGCGUCCGCGCCGCUCGCCGCCGGCAUCUGUGCGCUCGCGCUGCAGGCCAACCGGGAGCUGACGUGGCGAGAUAUGCAACACAUCGUGGUCCGAACGGCGCGUCCUGAGCGUUUGAGCGCCGGCGGCGAGUGGCGAGUCAACGGCGUCGGUAGGAACGUGUCACACUCAUUCGGCUACGGUCUGCUGGACGCUGCUGGCAUGGUCCGCAUGGCGCGUAGCUGGAAGACCGUGCCACCGCAACGAACGUGUGAGCUCGUCGCGCCAAAACCGCAGCGAGCGGUUCCGCCCCGCUCCAGUGUGACGUUACAGUUGGACGUGAAUGCGUGUCCCGGAGUGAACUACUUGGAGCACGUGCAGGCGAAGGUGUCUCUCUCCGCGGCCAGGAGGGGGGACCUGAAGAUCACCCUGACCUCACCAGCUGGGACUGAGGUCACUUUACUGGCUCCAAGAGCUCACGACUCGUCCCGCGCCGGGUUCACAUCCUGGCCCUUCAUGUCUGUACACAUGUGGGGCGAGAACCCGAUUGGGGUCUGGCAGCUGGAGGUGGCCAACGAAGGCCGAUAUAUGGCGGGGCCCCUCUCCCAAUGGGAGCUGAUCUUCUACGGCACGGAGACACCAGCGCAGGAAGACGACGUGUCUCUGGAUGCGCAGAAGUCUGGCCCCUGGAACGCACGGGAACCGGACCCGGUGGACGAGGUCCGUCAGAAUGAUAUAGAGUUCCCGCCCUCUUGGCACGACUCGCAUUCGAUCCGCGAGGAAGCGCCCGCCGGCGCCCGCGCCGACGGCGCUGACGCGCUACGCUCGGGCUGCUCCGCGCGCGCGCCUCCCCCCUCCCACCGCUGCCUAGAAUGCGCGAAGGGUUUGCACUUGUACGAGGGUCGGUGCUUCGCGCGCUGCCCGCCCGGGACUUACGCCAGCGAGCUGCUGCAGGAGCGGAGCUCGCGGCGGCGUAACCUCACUUAUCUCGAGGCGCCCCAGCUCAGGAAGAGACAGGGCACUGACGCUCCCACGGCUCUGGAAGCUGCCGAUAUGCAAGCGCUCGAUGCGACCGCCAAGUCUCCCUUAGUCUGCCUGCCGUGUCACUACACCUGCGCGACGUGCUCGGGCCCGCACAAUAGCCAAUGCCUGUCGUGUUUAGAUGACGCGCGUCUUUUCAACAUGUCGGAUGUCGAGCCGCGACUCUAUUGUUACCCCAAUACUGUCCUACCGCAAAUCGAUAAUGCGAACUGGCACUACAGACUCAACAUAGCACUAUCUCUCGCUCUGUUUAUUAUUUGUUUCAUAUCGCUUUACUUUUUGACGAUCUGUAUUAUUAAAAAAUGCGGUGCAUAUUGCUGUGGUAGUCACUAUUCAUCUAACUUGGUUAACUCCAAUAUUGCUUAUAAUAAACUCGCCGUGGACGAGACUCAGCAAAAUGAAACUGAGAUAGAGGAUGAAAUUCUACAAGCCAUAAAAUAUACCAGUGACAGUGAUUCUGAGGAUAAUUUGAAUUUAUAGCGUCUAGCGAUAUUCCGCUCUGAGUAUUACGAAUUAGUCGAACAACUGAGUUGUAGCGAGUAAAAGUAAGAGCGCUUUCAGACUAACGUGUUGGUUGCGAGUAAAAAGGCAAACUAGCACUACCUUUUUUACUGGCAUGUGAUUUAAUACGUAAUCGUGUAUUCAUCAAAUACAUUUUUAUAAGUAUAAGUAAGUACAUUAAAGUAAGCGUAAAUAAAAUGUAAAUGAAAAACUGACAAAUUCGAGCGUUACACAAGGCAAGUAAUAAAAAACGCCUGUGCCUUAAAAUCUGCCGUUAUUAGAGCAUUAACAUGAAAAUAGGUUAGUCUGAAAACGUACUAAGCGAAUAAGAAACAAGUGCAGGGCAAAAAUGUGAUAUUCCCGAAAUAAAUGUCACAAGCUAAAAUAAGUCGACUGUAAAAACGACAAAAAAUUAGGACCGUACAAAAUGUUAGUGUUAAUUAUUCUUCCAAAGAGAUUUUUAAAACUUCUUUUUUUUAUUUGGUUCAAAUACUACGAAAUUCCACUGAGAUUUGCGAAUAAAACACGUACGUGACUACACGCAAGGAAUGCGAAUUUAGAUAAGCUGUAGAUAGAUAUUUGAUUGUUCCUUUUUCACCUUGUAGGCCCGAGCCAAUUAUAUACCAGGGCGAUGCUUAACUCUAAGUGGUAAUUUGUUAAAUUCUUAAGGAAGUGUGUUGUCUCAAUUUACCAACGGAGUGAUAGCUGACGUUCACAGAGACCAUAUUGACAACCACGUAUCGCCCGAGUAUGGUUUAAAAAGACCGUUGCUCACUCGAGGUCUAUCAGGGCACUUUGGAACCUUUCAAGAUUACUCACUACUUUGCUAAGAUUAUCCGACGUUAACGUAAACUUUUAUUUCUAAGUAGCUUUAAAAUCUAUUUUCUGGACCCUGGUAGAGUUACUGGAAACUUAUUCCAUCUUAGUGUACUUUACGCUAGGAGUUUUAAGUCGCAAAAAAAUGGGUAAGUAAAAUCAGGGUCUUUUUCUUUUUAAUUUUCAUUCCUUGGUCUUAAGAGGUGAUCACAGUUUUUGUUGGAUGCUGCAAAUUAAUAGUUUUUAGGUGUAUUAUGUAAUAAGGUAAGUAGGUAAUUAGACUAAGGACACUUAUAGUGAACAAAUUUGCACAAUACAAAUUAAAUAAAGUGAUUGAAUGACAGGACUACACCGUGGGCUUCUAUAACACGACGUUUUAUUCCAGUAUGACUUUCGGCCGUAUUCGAACAAUAACGUUCAAUAAGAAGAACAUAGUGUACAAAAUGUCACAGAGAUAAAAAAUACAAAAUUUAACCGCCACGUUUUAUAUUUUUUCCAAGAGCAUUUUUUGUGGCCUAUCUGUUUUUUUUAUAUUUGCACAGAAAAGUGUUAAUAAUAUUAACAUUUAACAUCUAACCACAAACUUAAAAUUUUGAUAAAACCCCCGACUGCGACAUAGUAGACCGAUUUUCAUGAAA